AUGAUAUACCUUACCGCGCUCGCCGUCCUCUCCACCCUAGCUGCUGCCAACCCCCUUCUUCAUCGCCAAGACCAGCAACAAGCGGACGAUGCUCUGACCCUUCGGGCCAACUUGUGUCUUCAUCUCGAUAAGCCAGAGUGUAAAGGGGUGUUAGAAAAGUGCAAGGCCGAGGAGAAUUAUGUCGAAGACUGUAUUCCGCAAGAGCACCCCACGUGUAUGCAGGACGAAUCCUCGCCUUGUUCAAAGGCUGUUGUGCAGUGUCUUGCCGACCAUAGUGAGGAGGAAGAGGCCUUUAAAGACUGCAUCUUGGAAAAUGUGAUGCCCGCGCCCGACACAGUGGACGAUGCCGACAACGAGCAAUCAGCUCCUAGUGGCUCCGGACAGGCUGAGCUUGCAUGCGAAUCGUUCAGUGUCGAUUUCGAAGACGCUUGGGUGAACAAUGAAUGCGGUGGAACAACUGAUGCUAGCGAGAGCAAUGAUGUGGCUCUGGAAAAUGAGCCAGCGGCUUGCAAGGAGGCAAGAGAUGCCUUUGAUGAGGUCUGGGAUGCAAAUAACUGCGAGGCAGUACUAGAUGCCGCCCUUGCCACCCCGCAAGGCGAUUUAGAUCCAGAUGCCGUCUCUGUUGAGGGUAGUGAUUAG